AUGGAGAGACUACCGCUAGAGGUCUUUACUAACAUCAUUGAACAAGCCGCUGAUGGCAACCCCCACCGCGAUACCCUCAAUGCCCGUCUUGUGGACCGUGAAUGGGACAGAGUCGCCACCAAGGCCUUGAUUACCAGCCAGCGUCUAGAAAUCCACGGGCUUCAAAUCUGGGAUCGUGUGAGCUGGGAACAUAAUCGAUUUGUGAACCUCCCUCAAGAGUGGAAGAUCCGCUACCUGGAGUCCAAAGUCAAGAGCUUCAAGAACAAGCCUUGCAACCUUUCCCGCUGGAUCACUGAAAUGCAGGACAUCGCAGCUGCCAACGGACAGGAUGAAACGGAGGUUUUCCAGCAACUGAUCGAGGCAACCACGAACACCAAAGCAGCGCCCCGCCUGCUCCUCUUCGACGAAAACACCCCCGAAACCCGCCUGGCUCCCGGCCAAACCGAGACGGAUUUCAAAGCACAGAUCGAGUACAUCAAAACCCGGGGCCUCAGCCGCAAUGACUUCCACGUCUGGAACCUCUGGCCGCGGCCCUUCGAGCCCCUCGCCACCACCCUAACCAUCCUCCAGGGCUACCACGCCAUCCACCACGGCGACGCCACAAAGCUCGCCUCCCUCCUCGCGGCCGGGCACGACGUAACAAAACGCAGCUUCCGCUUCCGCAUCUGGGCUUUGCCGGGUGAGACCGGGACCGUUGCAAACACGGACGUCGCUGCGGUGCUCGUGAAGCACGGCGCCCCCCUUAUCUUCACGGGCACCACCUACACCGUGAACAAGGAGUAUCUAGGCCGCUACACGCGAACCAGGAACACAAGAGGCUGCAGGGGCGCAAUCAAGCGGCUGAGAAAAAGCUUCCGCGGCCUCCUAUGGCGCGUCUUGGGAUACGCUAUUCGAGAAGACCAAGGUCGCCCUCUUGAGCUCAGGAAAGCGCGGUUCAUUAACGCCUUGAAAGCGGAGUUGGAGGUCGAACGCCUUUAUAUGUGCCGUGACUUGCACCCUGAUACUGUGGAAAUAGCGCAUGAAUAUGGGACUCUGGACCAUUGGCUUGAAGGGUGGGGGGAAAUUCCUUCUUGGUUUUAG